GAUUACUAUGCACAGUUACUUGCAGAAUGAUAUACUAUUUCCACUUUUGGCUAACAUUUUCCUUUAGCUCUACAGAAAAGUGGGGGGCCAUGGCCUCCCCGGCCCCCACCCCGCUUUCGCCGGCCCUGGAAACCCCCAAGCACAGAGCACAGCAGCCUCGAUUUGUCUGAAUGUAGCCUCGAUUUGAUGUUAGACAUUUCAAAUUUUGUUUUGGGGUGGACGAAUGGAUUUAGUGUUGUUAACUGGUAACUAGGAAUAUCUUAGACGCAAAUAUGGGUUGUGUGCAGUCAAAACACGAGGAGGCUGACUCAGAAUCAAAGAAGGAAGAAACCGUUUACAGCUGGGACAGACCUGGAAGGCCAGAUCCUGCUGAUUUUACAAUCGAAAAUCAAGAUGGGACAGUGACAGGUCGGCUCCCAGGAAAAAUUGAUGGACAACAGUUUAUAAUAAAAAAUUGCAAAGAUAGUCAAAUAUAUCUGUUUGACCAUUCAGCUACAAUAACUGUUGAUGACUGUGAAAGGUGUAAAUUUGUCUUUGGGCCAAUCAAGGGAAGCAUCUUUUUUCGAAAUUGCAAAGACUGUCAAGCAGUUGUUGCCUGUCAGCAGUUUAGGACAAGAGAUUGCAAGAAACUAGACAUUUUCUUGCAUUGUGUCAGCCAGCCAAUUAUUGAAGCAUCAACAGGAAUGAAGUUUGCCUGCUACCAGUAUGCUUAUCCAGAACUCAAAGACCAGUUCCAGAAGGCAGGUUUAAGCUUGUUUAGUAACAAUUGGUUCAAUAUACACGACUUUACGCCAGUUGCUGGUGAAGCCAACUGGUCUCUCCUGCCAGAGACAGCCACUGUAGAUCACUAUGUCCCAUUUCCAAAUACUGAGGAAUUCAAUUCAGUUAACGUUUCAAGCAACGCAGAUGAAUUUGUAGUGCCUGUAACCAGAGGUUCCAGGGAAAAGAAGUACGAUGAAUCUUGCUUGCUGCUAUUUUUUGGAAAUGCAAUCACAAGAUGUAUGGAAUUUACCAAUGAGUUGAAGAAAAAGGCAACGUUUGAUAUUGUGCAAACUAAAGAAGUAAAGAUGACCGCAGAAGAUGCUAGUCGCAUUCUUCGAAAUGAAAAUUUUGCCGACGCUGUAGCUCAAGGGCCGGCCGUUGGUGUUGAAGUGAAUGGAGAAAAUAUGAUCCAAGCUUGCUUAGAUGUUCGGUCAGACAUGCGCAUUGAAGAGACGGUAUUGCAUAUUUCAGGAAAUAAAGAUGAAGCACAAAGGGAGAUAGAUGCCUUUUAUAACUUCGUUGAUAUUACAAUGUCAUAAAGAACCUUAGAGCGCGGGAUGGUUUGUGACGUGAAUUUUGCUUUGAAUCCGAUCCUUGAGUCUACCUAAAGCAAAAAUGCUUCUUUUGUCUUGGUUAAAGAAAUCCUUGAUUUUUAAACGCAGUGCUUUUAGAAACUGGAUUUUCCUUUUCUGUUCCAAGUGUGGUAGACCGUCUCUAGGGUACAAUGUUUUAAUAAUAGAUUCGUCUUGCCAUAAAACUGUGUUGAUUAUAAAAGAUAGCCAGUAGUACAAGUAUUUAUAUAUGUAAUCCCUGGUUCAUUACAAUUUGUGAAAAGCUCACACCUACACUAUCUCAUUGCCCAAAUGCAUGGAUUCAGCUCCCUACAGACCCUCUAAAAUCCGUAAACCUUGUCUUGCGAUUAAAUUCCCUAAUUUUGCUUUCGUGUACUAGAAGGCCUAGCCGGUUAUUUCCGUUUAGUUAUACCAAUGUUUUAUUUAUAAAGAUGACCACAUUUUAUAUAUAACGAUACUUUUAAGAUUUGCAGCAUUCAUUGCUAUAAGAUGGCAUUGACACCUUAUAAAAGUGUAUUUAUGCAUUUUGCGAGCGAAUAUGCUUGUAAAAUUACUGCUGUUGCUAAAUUAAGAGUUUGUCCGAUUCUUCAACAUCCGUUUUGAAAUUGUGUGCGUAUUUAUCUAAUGUGGAUUUCUAGUCAAAUACAUAAAUUUUAGUAAUUUCAUUUAUAUUAUCUUUGUUUUAAUACCCAUUUAAUUGCCCAUACUACAGAAGAGGUUUCGCCUUUUUUGCAUAUGAAUAAAAAUUACAUUUUUGAAAGUUUUAUCCUUCACCCUAUCUUAUAUGAAUGAAGUUACAUUUUUGAAAGUUUUAUCCUUCACCCUAUCUUAUAUGAAUAAAGUUACAUUUUUGAAAGUUUUAUCCUUCACCCUAUUUUAUCAAGUACUGACUUUAAGUUUUGAGUGUGCCCUUUCUUAAAAGUGACUUUUUAAUAAAUCGCUUAUUAGCAUUUUCUGCAUAAUGCUGUCUCUUGGUAGAAGAUGCUAUGUUAGCCGUUUGUAAAUUUACAAUUAGAAACUGUGGUGUAUAAAUUCUUAGUUCAUUAAGGGAUUGAUAGUAACUAAUAACUUGUUGUAAUUAUUCAACAAACAACUUUAAUGUAGAUUA